AUGGAAAAUCCAAAAAAACCAUACAAGAGAUUUCGAUACACGGAGGCGCAGCUACAAGAGGCAGUAGAGUUCAUCAGACAAUCAAAAUUGAACAUUUCCCAAGCAAGUAAAAAAUAUGGAAUUCCGAAAAGUACUUUAUCGAAUAAAUUAAGAGGCAAAGUGCCUGCAGUGAGAAAAAUGGGACCCACAACCAUUCUUACAAUGGAAGAGGAGGCCAAUCUAGAAAAAUGGAUUUUAUCCAAAGCAAUGUUAGGUUUUCCAAUGCACCCAGACGAAGUUAAAGAUUCAGUUCAACGAGUUUUGAAAAUUGUGAAACGACCAAAUGUUUUCACAGAUGAUAGGCCAGGAAAAAAAUGGAUGAAACUUUUUCUUCAAAGGCACCCCAAUGUUACGCAGCGAAACACUGAAAUAAUUUCAAAAGGUCGAGCAUCAGUUACAGAAGAAGGCAUUCGGACAUGGUUCGGUGAACUAAAGGAUUAUCUAAUCAGCGAAAAUGCUGAGGAUAUUCUAUCAUGCCCCCUGAAAGAAUUUUUAACGCAGACGAGACAGGGUUGCAGACAUGUCCAAAAUCGGGAAAAUUGUUAG